CUGGCAGCCAGGUACCGGACCUUCCAAGGGAGUCGCGUCGCGUUAGUGACGAGAAAAGUCCCUACAGGUCCAUUAACGCGAACCACUGUGCCUCAAGUUUGCAACACUGUAUCGCGCAUCGCCUUUCAUCUCAUCCCAUGACGACUCUCUCCUGAAUCUUCACCACCAACUGCAAACUCAUUCACAUCCCAUCACAGAGUGUAUCUGCGCCAAUCACAGACGCCCCUUCACCUUCGCAUUUCCUUACUUUUUGCACACCGCCUCUUUUGAGUGGUUCCAGUACCGCCAGCAUCGCCAUGGCUCCUGCACGCCAGCAGCCGGCACCGCCGCCGUUCAGCAAGGACGAAAAAGUCCUGUGCUUUCACAUGGACAUGCUCUACGAGGCUAAGGUUAUGGAUGUGCAGCCCGGGGAGAAGCCUAGCGACGGGUACCGAUACAAGGUUCACUACAAGGGUUGGAAGAACACCUGGGACGACUGGGUGCUUGUGGACCGCAUUCGCCCUUUUGACGACGAGCACAAGGAGUUGGCAGCCCAGCUUCACGCGCAGGUCAAGCAUAACAUGCAGAGGAGCACGAAGCUGCCCAAGAAGGGCCUCCGCAGCGGCGCUGAAUCGGCAAGGGUGAGCGAGGAGCGGGCUGGCUCCGCAACCGUUCAAGGGGGUCGGGGUGGACGACGAGGCAAGGACUGGGAACUCGAACAGGAGGAUGCUUUCCAUAGCAAGCCGAUGAUCAAUCUUCCAGUUCCCGAUCAUAUCCAAGCUAUGCUUGUGGAUGAUUGGGAGAAUAUCACCAAGAACAACCAGCUGGUUCCCCUCCCCCACGCCAAACCCGUCACCAAGAUUCUUGAGGACUACCUUGCACAUGAGAAACCUCAACGAGAGGAGGGAUCCGCCAGCAUGGACAUCUUGGAGGAGGUCAUUGCGGGCUUCCGCGAGUAUUUCGAGAAAGCUCUGAGCAGGAUAUUGCUCUACCGCUUUGAGCGCCACCAGUACAUGGAUGUGCGAAAGUCAUGGGAUAAUGCAGAUGACAACUCGGAAGUCAAGGGUGUCUGUGACGUCUAUGGCGCAGAGCACUUGGCUCGACUGAUUGUUUCACUCCCCGAACUCCUGGCUCAGACAAACAUGGACCAGCAAUCAGUAUCGCGACUUCGGGAGGAGGUUGGAAAGUUCACCGUCUGGCUGGGCAAGAACUGCGAGACAUAUUUUGUGAACGAGUACGAGACCCCAUCUCAGGAGUAUAUCGACAAGGCCCGUAGUUUCUAGGUCUUGGUAGAUGGAAGGAUGGUGUUUUGAGGCUUGAUUUUGUUGUCGGGUAUUGGCACUGAUGCCGUACAGCUACCACUUCAAGAGUGACAGAGGGCCAAGGAGAAGUGGUGAAACUGUGACUGCCUGGCGCCAGAGAUAUUUUUGGCCGGUGGAAGGCUGAGUCAAUUGCCAUGACUUGUUGCGAGGUCUCGGGUACUGGUAAACGACAAAGGACUACACACAUGUAGGAUAGCGGGGGAUUUGUACCUCUUUUGUCUUUCCUAGUCAGUUGAUUUAUAGGAGACCUUUCUUAAGGUGAUAACACGGACAUGAGACAGUCGA